UUGUCUGUCACUUGCAGCACUCAGUAUUCCCUCCCCCUCUACGAUGUGUGCGCCGCUCCUCCCACCUCCAAUGUUCCCCAGGAUGUAAUAGCUGCAGGCUACACUGAGUCUGCAUGCUCAAUCUGAAUGUGAGCAUUGUACAUCUUGGGGGACUGAUGGGGAUCUAAGUUAUAGGUGCACCCUGCUUUUUAAUCUGUACAAGUUUUUCCCAGAGCAAUUGCUAAUUAAAUGCAGCUCUUUUGUCAAUGCACUUGAUCUGAGCACUCACUGUUAGGUUUCAGAAUCUUGAUUUCUGAUGGACUGCAAUAGAGAAGAGGCCGUAAGGGCUAAGAAUGUUGCAGAAAAGAAGAUGGAAAACAAAGAUUUCACAGGGGCCCGUAAAAUUGCUAUUAAGGCUCAGCAACUAUUUCCUGAUCUGGAGAAUAUAGCUCAGAUGCUUAUUGUUUGUGAUGUUCAUUGCUCCGCAGAGAAGAAAUUUUGCAAUGAAAAGGACUGGUACGGAAUUCUUCAAGUAGAGCAGACAGCUGAUGAAGCAACAAUAAGGAAGCAAUACAGGAAGUUCGCUCUCCUACUUCAUCCUGAUAAAAACAAGUUUGCUGGUGCUGAAGCCGCAUUUAAGCUGAUAGGGGAAGCUCAGGCAGUGCUUUUGGACAGGCAGAAACGAGCUGCACAUGACAGAAGCAGAACUUCAUAUUGUGCACCACGGAAUAUUUUUGUGAAUGUUGAUACUGGGGUGCAAACCCAUAAUAGGGCCAAUUUCACAGACUUGAAUCCUCAGCAGGGGUUUAAUAAUGGCUCCUCUACAUUUUGGACUGUUUGCCCAUUCUGUUCUAUUAGAUUUCAAUAUUACUUAGAAGUUCUAAAUCGAUCUCUGCGUUGUCAAAGUUGCAACAGGCCCUUUGUCGCUUAUGACAUAAGUAUGCAAGGUACAGUUCCACCAGCCCAUUCAAGUCCGCAUCCUUUUGUGCAGCCACAAGAUGGUCCGAAUCAUCAUUCGGUUAAGGUGGAUGUUGGAUCUCAAGGUAAAUCACAUGGUAGAAAUGUCAAUGCAAAGCCUUUUGAUAAGAAAUUCCCAACGUCCCGUGUAUCUAGAAAGCUUAAUAGAAAACGGCAGAGGGAGCAAGUAGUGGAAAUUAGUGAAAGUUCUGAUUCCGUACACAGCUCUGAUUCUGAGAGUGGUAUGGCUUCUGAUGAUAUCAUUUCUGAUGAGGAUGGCAUUACUAAUGAACGAAACCAUGCCACUUUUAGAGAAGAAAAUCCUCGCAGAUCUUCACGGAAAAAACAGCAGGUUUCUUACAAGGAAAAUGUGAGUGAUGGUGACGAUGAUGGCAUAAAUGUUUCAAAAAGGGUGAACGGUUUGGCUGAUGAUCUAGAAUAUCGCAAGAAAGGGUUAAAGCAGAAGCAGAAGCGGAAGCAUGGUCUUUAUCCUGAAGACAUAUUACUGAAUAGAAAGGAGGAGACUAAGGAGGUGUUGGGAAAAGCAGUGCAAGGUUCAAAGACGGCUGCUGAAGUUAAUGAGCAUUGUGUCCCCAAUUCAGCCUGCAAUAUAACAGAGCAGCCUAAUAUUAUAGUCUGUCCUGAUGCAGAGUUUAAUGACUUUGACAAGGACAAGCAGAAAGAUUGUUUUGCAGUUGGGCAGGUUUGGGCUGUUUAUGAUACAAAUGAUGGCAUGCCUAGAUUCUAUGCUCUAAUUAAGAAAGUUUUCUCCUCUGGGUUCAAGCUGCGGAUAACAUGGUUUGAACCAGAACCGAGUAAUGAGGAUGAAAUUAAUUGGGUAAACAAGCAAUUGCCGGUUGCCUGUGGAAAGUAUGGGCUUAGACACUCCGAAACCACAGAAGAUCAUCCCAUGUUUUCUCAUCGAGUUCUGUGUGAAAAAAUUGGAAGUAAUGCUUUUGAAGUUUAUCCUAGAAAGGGAGAAACCUGGGCUCUCUAUAAAAAUUGGGAUAUCAAAUGGUAUAUGGACGUGGAAUCUCAUCCAAAGUAUGACUUUGAGUUCGUUGAAAUAUUGACGGACUAUGUUGAAGGUGAGGGUGUAUUUAUUGCAUACUUGGCUAAAUUGAAAGGCUUCGUGAGUCUCUUCUCUAGAAUUAUGAAGGAAGGCGCCUACCCAAUCAAAAUUCCCUCAGCAGAGUUAUUCAGAUUCUCUCACAGGGUUCCGUCUUUUAAGAUGACUGGUCAGGAAAGAGUAGGUGUUCCUGUAGGAUCUUGGGAACUUGAUCCUGCGUCUUUGCCUUCGCCUUUGAACCUCGAAGAGGUUGCUGUUCCCAUUGAUUUGGAAGUGAAGGAUGGUCAUUCCCCAUCCAGUGGUGUGAGUAGAAGAUCUUCAGAGAGAUUGAAGCCCAUGGUGGCACCUGAUAGGAAUUUACAUGCUUUCCGGGAUAAUUUUGAAACAAGCAAUUUGGCGAAGAACAAUGGUUCAGUUAACUUUGUUGAAGAUAGUAGUGCUCCUCUGUCUUCGACCCCAGAAGCUAUGGAAAUUCCUGAUCCUCAGUUCUACAAUUUUGACGAUGGGAAGGCCCCGGAGAAGUUUCAUGUUGGUCAGAUUUGGGCAUUUUAUAGUGAUGAAGAUGGCCUGCCAAGGUACUAUGGUGAGAUUGUGGAAAUCAAGAGGAGCCCUGGUUUUGAAUUGCAUAUUAUGUGGCUUGCUUCCUGCUGGCUGCCAGAUAACACUAUUAGAUGGGAAGACAAAGACAUGCUUAUAUCUUGUGGCAGGUUCAAAAGUAGAAAUGGGAAUACAAAUGUUUAUACGAACACCCUCUCCCUUUCACAUCUGGUACGGGUCAAUUUUGACAGAAAGGACAAUGAAUAUUCCAUCUUUCCAAGGAAAGGUGAAGUUUGGGCAUUAUAUAGGAAAUGGACGCCUAAAAUCAAAUGCUCCGAUCUGGUAAACUGGGAGUAUGACAUAGUGGAAAUUAUUGAGGAAAAUGCCUCUUGGAUUGAAGUUUUAGUCAUGGAGAUCGUUAGUGGAUAUAAUUCAGUUUUCAAGCCGAAAACAUUUGAAGGAUCACCCAUCACUAUGAGAGUACCCCAGGCACAGUUGCUCAGGUUCUCCCACCAAAUCCCAGAAUUCAAACUUACAGAGAAGCAUGGCAGUCUGAAGGGCUUCUGGGAGCUUGAUCCAGGAGCUGUACCCGUUCACUUUUGGACUUCCCAGUAAGUAGGUUGAUUGAUUUACUGCGACCAACGAGCAAAAAUCUCAAACUUCUUGGUAUACCCGGACUCAACACCUUUUUGUAAUUAGACAGAUUAAUACAAUAUCUUUGUCUAUUCAGUGGUAUCUCCUGUAAAAAUUGUAUUUAAUUUAUUCUGGCAACACUUGAAAUGUUAACAUUUUGUUAUUACUCUAACUGCUUUCUUUAAUGAAGUUUGUUUUGCCGGA